AUGAACUGGUACUGGAUUCUCGGAUGGAUUCCGUCGACCUUAGCAAUCUUUGGAAACGGCUUUGUGAUUUACCUCAUUUAUACUAGAUGCAGACUUCAUACCAUUCCCAAUGGCUUUAUUUUGUCACUCGCAUUGGCCGACCUUGGCGUUGGGGCCUGCUAUUUCCCAGCAAACUUUAUUUGCGAGUUUUCUCCAAGAGCGUGCCUUCAGAGCGUGCCAGAUGACAUCGCAGUGGCAAUGAUUUAUUCUUCAACUAGCUGUCUCUGUGUUAUGGCCAUCGACCGUUAUUUGGCAAUUGUUCAUCCACUUUCCUACAUGACUCUCAUGACGCGAAAACGCGCUUUUUGUUUGAUGACGUUGUCGUGGCUCAUACCGUUCACUACCUACUUUAUCCCAGGACUCUGCACAAGUCUUCACAGGUGCAGCAUAAACCGAAAUAUCACGGUAGUAAUCUGGACAACCAUGUUUGAAUUUAUUCCCUGUGCUGUGCUCUUGUUUAUCACAGUCAAAAUAAUAUCAAUAGCACGCGAUCAUCGUCAACAGUCCACUAGGUUAGAUACACAGCUGCGGUUCAAUGAACCAAAACAUAAGGGCUACAAAAUACCCACAUGGAGGCCAGCUCGUGUAAUUAUAACAGUAGUGGCCUUAUUUCUUGUUUGCUAUUCGCUUGAAGUGUGCAGCUCACUAUGCUAUUUUACCGAUUUGUGUACAUUUUCUAAUGAUUUGUUCAAUGCAGUGCGUUUUCUUGUAGUGACGAAUUCAGCCGGCAACCCAAUUGCAUAUGCGUUGUUGAAACGUGACAUUAAACGGGAGCUCAAGGAAGUACUUUGGGAAAAGAAUGACGCGAAUGUUGUCGCUACAGAGGUGUAA